AUGUUUCCGCAAGUACGCGAAAUCGUUUGUGGAAGUGAUAGCGAGGUAAGCAUAUGGAUCAUCUCAAAAAAGUGAUUUUAUAAGUGUUUCAAAUCUUAUGAGGUGAGCAUCAGAUAAGACAGCAAUAAAGUUGAUGGAAAAAAUUACUCCGCUUUUUUUCUUCUUUUUUUUGAAUUUUACUGGCGAAACUGAAUAGUUUUCUUAAGUGAAAAAAUAGGAAAACUAAGAAGUCAUAACAAACAUCUUGUAGGUAGACACAUAACUAAACGAGCGAAGAGACUGACCUAGCGAUGCCCGUUUUUUUUUCUUCUCGGUUGAGUUGAUCGAAGGGUAGCAAAAGAAAAGAGAUUGCAGAACACACCGCGUGCGACAAACAACGUGUGUAUGUGUGUAUGUGUGUUGUGUGUGAGUGGUCAGAAAUGGAAAAAGAGCUAGAGACCGAGAAAUGAGGGGGUUAGAGCAGAGAAGGGACAGAACUCCCUAUAAAAUGGAUGAAUACGAUGUGUCUUCUGUUUUCUGUCCGGCAAAAUAUGAAUGUAAAAUCGCUGCUAAUUUCAGUUACUAGAAAGUGGAUGGAGAAACAGUACAAACAUUCCGCAUGUGACGAACUGCGGUCAACACACUGACUUCUCAUCAAUACCAUCACUUUUCCUUUUGUUGUUCUCACCAAUUGUCUUCUAUGAACUUCACAAAAGCAGAUUAUCUCACCUCCGGAGUUGCUCGCCUAUCUCUUUAAGAAUAGUAAGUUUGAUUCUGAUUCGAUUAUAACAUAAAAAAUCAAUAUUCUUAAAUUUUUAAAAAUAUGGUUGCGAUCUACGGAAUCUUUUCAGAUCUUGAGUUCUCUUCUUGUUGUCGAUCUCACCGUCACCGUUCUUUACGAUUUUUAUCUUCUUUUCACCAAAUCUCCUGUCUACGAUGCCAUUCACUUCUAUGGUGACCUUGUGCAAUACGCAGGUUUGCCAACAACAUUUGCGAAGCAACGGUAAAUUGUAAAAAUGAAUUUCAAGGUUUCUGCUUGGCAUUAGUUCUCACAAUAGCAUGUCGAAACAGAGGAAUAGUUACGUCAGGAGUGAUCACUUUGUACUGGUUGUUGAUUGUGAUUUGUGGAAUUCCGGAGCUGCGAUACAUUCUAAGUGGACUGAUAUACGAAACACAUGACGUGGAUUCAAUACGAUCAAUACUCUACAUUGCUGCGUACGUGUUCUCUUGUCUGGAACUUUUCUUUUGCUGCUUUGCUGACACACCGUCAAAUGGAUAUAUUGGGGUAAAAAAUAUGCAGCAUUCAGUCAGAUAAAAUGAAAUAUUUUUAGAAAAACUCUUGCCCGGAAUAUACCGCUUCAUUCUUGAACCAACUGACUUUCGAAUGGUUCUCGGGGCUCGCGUAUCUUGGCAACAAGAAAUCGUUGGAAAGAGAAGAUCUAUGGGAUUUAAACGAACGAGAUAAAGCACAAAAUCUUAUCCCAUCUUUCAUGGAAAACUUGAAACCAGAAGUUGAAGGGUAUCGACGUAAAAUCAAAAAUAAUCCGGAAGUUGAUGUGCCCAAAAAUCAUCCAUCAAUUUUGUUGCCGAUUUUCAAAACUUAUAAGUUCACUUUGUUUGCUGGCGGAUGCUACAAAUUGAUCUUUGACUUGCUGCAAUUCGUAGCACCAGAAUUGCUUCGGCAACUUAUCAGUUUCAUCGAAGACAAGAACCAGCCGAUGUGGAUUGGAGUCUGUAUUGCCUUCAUGAUGUUCCUUUCUUCCCUUGUGCAGUCCAUGAUUCUUCACCAGUAUUUUCAUGAAAUGUUCCGAUUGGGAAUGAAUAUCCGAUCCGUUUUAACAAGCGCGGUCUAUUCAAAAACACUGAAUCUGUCAAAUGAAGCCAGAAAAGGCAAAACGACCGGGGCGAUUGUCAACUUAAUGUCAGUUGAUAUUCAAAGAAUUCAAGACAUGACUACCUUCAUCAUGUUGUUCUGGUCGGCACCAUUACAGGUGAAAACUGCUGUAAACAUUUUUCCAAGUAUUUUUUCCAGAUUCUGCUUUCACUCUUCUUCCUCUGGAAGCUGUUAGGUAUCUCCGUGCUGGCUGGAUUUAUAAUUCUGAUUCUUAUGAUUCCCUUCAAUUCGUGGAUUUCUAUCAAGAUGCGAAACUGUCAAAUGGAGCAGAUGAAGUACAAAGACGAACGGAUCAAGAUGAUGUCCGAAAUUCUGAACGGGAUGAAAGUUUUGAAACUUUAUUCUUGGGAGAAGAGCAUGGAGAAGAUAGUGCUUGAGAUUCGAGAGAAAGAAAUUCGAGUGCUGAAAAGGCUGUCGUACUUAAACGCAGCAACUACGCUUUCAUGGGCUUGUGCGCCGUUUUUGGUAUGUUUGAUGUAGCUUUGCUAAUGAUAGGAACACAUUUUUUCUAGGUUGCCGUCCUUACUUUCGGUUUGUAUGUGCUUUGGGAUCCCGAGAACAACAUUUUGACUCCUCAAAUCACCUUCGUGGCUUUAGCCCUUUUCAACAUUUUGCGCUUCCCACUUGCCGUUUUUGCAAUGGUUUUCAGCCAAGCAGUGCAAUGUGCUGCAAGUAACACUCGUUUAAGAGAGUUUUUUGCUUCCGAAGAGAUGGCUCGACAGGCAUCCAUUGCCUAUGGCGGAACCGGUGAGAAAAUGAAAGUUGUCAAUAAAAACGUCUUGAGUCUCAGAUUCUGCAAUCAAAAUUGAUAACGGAGCAUUUGCCUGGGGAUCGAAAGAAGAAGAGAAGACUCUUCAUGACAUCACAUUCAACAUCAAACGCGGUCAACUGGUCGCCAUUGUUGGACGUGUUGGUUCUGGAAAAUCUAGCCUACUUCACGCUCUUCUUGGUAUGAACGUUUCGUUUAUUCUGGCGAACACGCUUAUUCAGGUGAAAUGAACAAGCUUUCCGGAAGUGUGCAAGUCAAUGGAUCUGUUGCUUAUGUCCCUCAACAAGCUUGGAUUCAGAAUUUGAGUCUGAGAAACAAUAUUCUAUUCAACAAGCCUUACGAUCAACUUCACUACCAAAAUAUCAUCAACGCAUGCGCAUUGACUCAAGACUUGGAAAGUCUUCCAGCUGAAGACAGAACGGAAAUUGGAGAAAAAGUGUGUUAAAACAUUCACAUAAUCACAUAUACCCUAUUCGAACAACUUCAGGGCAUAAACUUGUCCGGAGGUCAAAAGCAGCGCGUAUCUUUGGCAAGAGCUGUCUAUCAAAAUUCUGAGAUUGUUCUACUUGAUGAUCCACUGUCUGCUGUCGAUUCACAUGUUGGAAAACACAUUUUUGAAAAUGUUUUGUGUAUGAUUUUUACAUCGUUAUGUCCAUUUUUUACAAAAAGUUUCAGCAUCAGCGACCGGGUGCCUUGGCACAAAAACUCGUGUUCUUGUAACACACGGUUUAACUUACUUGAAACAUUGUGACCAAGUCAUCGUAGUAAAAGAUGGCACCAUCAGUGAAAUGGGAACAUAUCAAGAGCUGAUGAACAGUAAUGGGGCGUUUGCGGAAUUUUUGGAAGAAUUCCUUCUCGAAGAGUCCAAGCAUCGAGGAAGAAGCAUAAGCUUUGGCGAAGAUUGUAAGUUAUUGAAUUAUUUCAAGUAGACCUCGAUGUCAUUUCAGCGAAAGAAGUUGAUGAAAUUCUGAGAGAUUUGGAUCAAGUCAGCCCCGCUAUACGCCAACGAAUUGAAAGUCAAAUGAGCCAAGAGAUAGAGAAAGAUGAGAAAAAUGCCGACAUUAUCCGAAACGGACUGCUCAAAGAGGAGCAGAAUGAGUCUGCGGCUCACAGUCCUGUGAGUAGAAAUGAAGAGAAAGAGGCACUUCUUGGAGACAAAAUCAAAGAAAAAUCCCUUGUUGAACCACCAAAGCAAGCCAAAACUCAACUUAUCGAGAAGGAGUCAAUAGAAACCGGUAAAGUGAAGUUCGAGGUGUACAUGACCUACUUCCGAGCCAUUGGAAUUCCAAUCGCAGUGCUUUUUUUCCUUGUCUACGUAGCGAGUAGUAUUCUUGGAGUGUUCAGUAACCUUUAUCUUGCGCAAUGGUCGGAUGACGCAAAGGAAAUUGCACUUUCCGGAAAUGUGAGUACGACGGAAACUCAAAUUCGAUUGGGCAUUUACGCAGCCUUAGGAAUGGGACAAGGUAAAUUUCCAUGAUAAAAAUCAAUUUUUCAAAUGACCUCUAGCUACCUCUGUGUGUGCUGCCUCAGUUAUUAUGGCACUAGGAAUGGUGCGAGCAAGUCGUCUUCUACAUGCUGGUCUUCUCCACAACAUAAUGAAGUCGCCGAUGGCAUUUUUCGAUGUGACACCACUCGGAAGAAUCCUCAACAGAUUUGGAAAGGUAUUCUUUUUAAGUGGGGAGAAAAUCAAAUCAAUGGUUUCAGAAAUUACUAGAUACUUAAAUAAUGUUUUUAAACGGUAUUGUAUGGGCGAAUUGAACAACUUUAGUCUAAAAACAGAAGCACUUCAUUCAUUCACACGCACGUUUUUGUUAUCAAUUUUUUACGGGUUGUUAGAAUUCGCUAACUCAAAAAAAGGCUUUCCUAAAUUGUUCACAAAUAAUUUCCCGUUCAACUCAAUUUCUGUUCCUUGUAUGUCUCCCUAUGGACAAUGAUUUUCUAAUAAGAGUCUGACAGGAUAUUGAUGUGGUGGAUGAGCGUUUACCGGACAAUAUUGGCGAUUUUCUCAUCACCUUUUCCGAGCUAGUCGCUUGUAUCGUUUUCACAUCAUACGCCACCCCCUUCGCAAUUUUACCAAUUGUUCUUAUUGCUAUCGGAUGCCUUUUGAUACUGGUGAAUAAUUUGAUAUUCUACUUUUGCAACUACUAUAUCCCUUACCGCAUUACCCUUCUGCUUCUACUCUAACUCAACCUUUCUCACCAUGUUUUUGUCUACUGCACCGGUUAGAACAUUUGAAAUUGAUUUUGUUUCUGAAGAGUUAUAAGUCAUCUUAGCUUGGGUUUUGUUCUUGUCUGGGAAAAAUUACUCUGUUCACAGGAUAUCGAAGCAGUUGAUCAAACUUUGCCCCACUCCAUCCGAGCCAUGGUGAUGACGAUUUUCAAUGUCGUCUCGACAGUUGUCGUUGUCAUCUGGGCAACACCGUGGGCGGGAGUAGCGUUUGGCGCACUUGGCUUCAUCUACUUUGUUGUCCUGGUACGCAACAUGGCCUAACAUUCACAUUGCCCCUGCAUGCUUAUUAAAGUGGAGUGAAUUGAAUUGAAAAUUAAUUAAUUUUUCCUGAGAUGUGCAAAAAAGAGUGAAUUGCAUGUUUUGAAGUUAAUUAUAGGACGUAGAUGUGGUUGACUCAAGACUUCCUGGCUGUAUCAUGACAUUUGUCGGAGCUAUCGUGCAAGCAACCACAAUUUUUGCCGUGCCCGUGUAUGCGACACCUGGUUCACUGUUCAUCAUCAUUCCGACUCUCUACGGAUAUCUACGUCUUUUGGUUAGCAUGAUUGUCCGGCAUGCAUGAUCGCAAUAUGUUACACAAGUGUUUUAUAAGACUGAGAGAAUGUCAAAGAAUGAGUGAAACUUCGGAAGACUUGCAAGAAAUCUUGAGGUAAAAUUUUGAUCCAUGGUAAACAGUACAUUCACUUUUAGUAGUACUUUUUGAGUAAAACGGUCUUCUUCAAAAAAGUUUUCAAUAGAGAUUUCGUUGGAAAGGCGUUAAUUUUGCCAAUUUUCUAGUUUUGCUUUUUCUCUAGCAUUCUCAAUAGUUUUUCCCUUUGUUCAUGUUAAAGUCGUUCAAUUCGUCACCUGUAGUAGAAUUAUGCCUUUUCUGGAUUUAUCGGGGUAAUGUGUGAUUUUUCGUGGUGUCGGUAUUGUGUGAUUUGUUUUGGCAGGACGUCGACGGACUAGACACCGAAAUUCCCCGCUCUAUCUCGAUGUUUAUCCGGACUUUCGUUGCUUCCAUCGAGAUUUUGGCCAUCAUCUUGUGGGCAACACCUCUUGCCAUUGUGCUUUUACUACCUCUGUUGAUGGUUUAUCUUCUCGUGUUGGUGCGUUCGAGUUGUCACAUGUUUACCCAUAAUUUCGUGUGUUUGCGAAGCUUAAUUUUUCAAUUUUUUCUUACAAAAUGGACAACCACCAAAUGUUCCAUUUCUUUCUUUUUCUGUUUAUGUGUGCAUGUGUGUGGUGUGUUGCAUGUUCUGGUGAACCGGUGUUAUUCUCUUUUACUAUUAGGAAACAUUAAAUUUUCAGAGAUUUUACGUUAGUACAUCACGUCAGCUCAAACGCUUGGAAUCUGCUUCUCGCUCGCCAAUUUACUCGCAUUUUCAAGUAUGUUCUAAAUAAGUUCUGAGAAAAAGAAAAGUUCUGUAAAAAUACGUUCAGGAGUCAAUCCAAGGAGCUUCAUCAAUUCGUGCAUACGGAGUUGUUGAUCGAUUCAUCAAAGAAUCUCAAUAUCGAGUUGAUGAAAACUUGGCAACUUAUUAUCCAAGUAUUGUUGCAAACAGGUUCUAAACUUUUUAUUUGAUUCAUAAGCUAAAUCGUUCUGUUGUAGAUGGCUAGCCGUACGUUUGGAAAUGGUAGGCAAUCUUAUAGUCCUUUCGGCUGCAGGAGCAGCCGUAUGGUUUAGAGACUCUCCAGGACUUUCGGCUGGACUUGUCGGCUUGUCUGUGUCAUAUGCAUUGAAUGUGAGUUUAGACGUGACCCUGAUAUGAUCAAAUUUGUAAUAUUCUUUCAAGAUCACACAAACCCUGAACUGGGCAGUAAGAAUGACAAGCGAAUUGGAAACAAACAUUGUAGCUGUGGAAAGAAUUAAAGAGUACACAGUAACACCAACAGAAGGCAACAGUUCAAACAGUCUCGCACCAAACACCUGGCCAGAAAAAGGAGAAAUUUCGAUCAAGAACUACAGUGUGAGAUACCGUCCAGGUCUCGACUUGGUCCUUCAUGGAGUUACUGCUCACGUUGAGCCUAGCGAAAAAGUUGGUAUUGUUGGAAGAACAGGAGCAGGAAAGAGUUCUCUCACUCUCGCUUUGUUCCGCAUCAUUGAAGCAGACGGAGGAUGCAUAGAAAUUGAUGGAACGAACAUUGCUGAUUUGCAAUUAGAAGUGAGUUGAGCUACUCUCCUAUCCAAAAAAUGUUGCCUUCUGUUUCAGCAACUACGAUCGCGUCUCACAAUUGUUCCUCAAGAUCCUGUACUGUUCUCGGGAACUAUGCGCAUGAAUUUGGAUCCAUUCUUUGCUUUCAGUGAGUUUUGACAGACUGGGCGAAUAAAAAUUAGAUUUUUAUAGAUGAUGAUCAAAUAUGGGAGGCACUGCGCAACGCACAUUUAGAGUCAUUUGUUCGAUCUCUGCAAGAAGGUCUUUCGCAUCACAUUUCUGAAGGAGGAGAGAAUCUCAGGUAUGCAUGAGAGAUUAUUAAGACAUUAUUGGAAUAUUUCAGUGUUGGUCAACGUCAACUGAUUUGUUUGGCUCGAGCUCUGCUCAGAAAAACUAAAGUUCUUGUUCUCGAUGAAGCUGCCGCGGCCGUAGACGUAGAAACAGACAGUCUUUUGCAAAAAACGAUAAGAGAACAGUUUAAAGAGUGCACGGUUCUCACUAUUGCUCACCGUCUGAAUACUGUCAGUGCCAACUCCUUUGAACUAAAAGAGUAAAAAAACUAUUUCAGGUUAUGGACAGUGACCGGCUGUUGGUAUUGGAUAAGGGACGAGUGGCCGAAUUCGAUUCCCCAAAAAAUCUACUUUCAAAUCCCGACGGAAUAUUUUACUCAAUGGCUAAAGAUGCUAAUAUGGUUUAA